CGUCGGAAAAACGUAUAUAUAUAUAUAUAUAUAUAUAUAUAACUUAAUUUUUCCAACCCAUCGUUAGACUCAAAACCGAGCCCUGAAAACGCUUCCCAGACCUUCCCCUUCGUGAGAGGAGUCCAACGGAGGAAGAAUCAUUGAAAACGGUCGUGAAACGAGGGAGAAAACGCUCGCCGGAGUUUUCGCCGGAAAACUUUCCCGACGGAAAACGGAGGAGCAGGAGCCGCCGUCGCCGCCGCCAACCCUUCACCGAGCUUCGCCGUCCCGAGAGGAGUGCACCGCUACCCCGUUGGCCGUUUCCGUCGAGGUGAUCAUUUAGAGACUGAAGUAGAUGACGUGAAUUAGGAGCAUCGGACUUAAGAAACGGUCGCGUAGGGCUAUCUUGAAGUCUUCCCAACAAAAUUCCGGUUGCUCGAGCAGAGUUGUCCCGGUGGCAGCCCACCAAUGAUCCGCCUCUUGGUGCAAGUAGUACACCGCUAUGUUUACCCGCUGCUCUAACGGGCAGUUGAGCGAAUCAAAGAGCUUGUCGAAGGUUCGGAUCCAGUCUUCUAGAAUCAGAUGAUCCUCCUCCCCCAGGUAUUUUGGGGGGUUCCUUCCGGCUACGCGCGCUGCAUAGUCAACCCCCUGGUUAUGGGUUUGAGCUGCUCCGAUGUGUUGCGCCAUCUGCUGAAUAGUUUGAGCCAACUCCUCAACAGUUGGGGUCGCAUGGAAGAUCAAGUGGUGUUAGGGCCGGAUUACCUCCAAGACACCAUAGAGAAAGUGAAGACGAUUCAAGCAAGGAUGAAAGCUGCACAAGAUCGUCAGAAGUCUUAUGCAGACCUGAAAAGGAAGCCAGCAGAAUUUGAAGCGGGAGAGAAAGUCCUACUCAGAGUCUCCCCGACCAAGGGAGUAAUGAGGUUUGGAAAGAAGGGAAAGCUAAGCCCGAGGUUCAUUGGCCCAUAUGACAUCCUCGAGCGAGUGGGAAGAGUGGCAUAUCGGCUAGCUCUACCCACCGAGUUGGCUAAGGUACACAACGUUUUCCAUAUCUCCCAAUUGAAGAAGUAUGUCCGCGACGAAUCCCAUAUUCUUAGCCCCGAGGUGAGGAUGAUGUUGUCGAGUGAUGAUUGCUUGCACGCCCGAGAGCGAGUUAGAAGUCGCCUUAGUUAUACUAGUCAUGAAAUAAGCAUUUACUUUUCAAACACUCUACUUUUAUUAAAUUAGUUGUUAUGUUUUUAGUUGCCUGUGCAUCCGGUUGAGAGAUGACCGGAUGUGGCGGUAACACCCAUUUCCCUAUUUUAGACUUCCG